UUUGGCUGGCUUGGAUUUAAAGCGAUAGACGCUGUAGGAUUCCUACAAGACGGUCCUCAGUACCCUCCCCACAAGUCUUGGGACCAGUCGGGUUCCCAGAUCUGGGGAGAUGGCUUGCGGCGGAUUUGCCUGUUCCAAGAAUGCGCUAUGCGCUCUCAACGUGGUUUAUAUGCUUGUGGGCUUAUUGCUCAUUGGCGUAGCUGCCUGGGGCAAGGGCCUCGGUGUGGUGUCCAGCAUUCACAUCAUUGGAGGAGUCAUUGCUGUGGGAGUCUUCCUUCUCCUCAUUGCAGUGGCUGGACUGGUGGGUGCCGUGAACCACCAUCAAGUGCUGCUUUUCUUUUAUAUGAUCAUCCUGGGUUUGGUCUUCAUCUUCCAGUUUGGAAUCUCUUGCUCAUGUCUGGCUAUUAACAGAAACACACAGGCAGAUGUCAUCAAUGCUUCGUGGUGGGUCUUGAGCAACAAUACCAGGCAUGAACUGGAGAGAAGUUUUGACUGCUGUGGUUUGUUUAACCUUACAACCCUGCACCUACACGAUGAUGCUUCCUGCAGUGCACUGUGCAAAACUAGGAGCUCUCCAUGCCAGAUGUGUGGGGAGACAUUCCUUAAACAUUCAGACAAAGCUCUCAAGAUCCUAGGAGGUGUUGGGCUCUUCUUCAGUUUCACAGAGAUCCUCGGUGUUUGGCUAGCAAUGAGAUUCCGGAAUCAAAAAGACCCUCGAGCCAACCCUAGUGCCUUUCUAUGAGAUUUGAUCUCCCAGACAGGAUCUUUGCAGCCUCGGCUGGUUUCUACCCAGCUCUAGCCAUGGAGGGCCUUGAACUCCGCAUUCUCCUGCCUCAGCCUCCUGCCAGUAUUGCAGGCGUCACCACACACAGCCAGCCUCGUGAUUCUUCUGACUUGGCCUUGCCUUCUCCUGGCUUUUUAAAUUCUUGGAAACCUAGGGUGGCCACCCCCAACAGGGGUUUUUGUUUUAGAGAAAAAAAGGUCCCUUACCUCACUCCUAAGAACUAAUCAAGUGAUGGCUACAUUUAUUUAUGUCUAUGUAUUUUGAUGGGAAUAUUAUGGAGGGGGAGAGGACUCCAUUUCUCUGCCUAGGAGGGUCUAGCACUCCUAGAAGCACAGGUGGCUGAUGGGAGCCUUUCAUAACUGUUUUCCUUCCCUUCAAGAACAAAAUCAGAACACCAAGGGAAAACCAGUUAUAACCCAAGGCCUCACAAGUGUGGGCAAGUAUUUCUACCAGUCUGUCAUCCCAGCCUCACCUACAAUCUCACAGGACCAGUGGACUUAAACUAAAGCCAUUUUGACCGAAUAUUCAAAGAAAGGAUUUGAAAGAUCCUCUCCGAUCUUGUCAGCCAAAGAGCUGGACUGCCUGCCUAGGUCCUUGCAGGGAACUUGUUUCAUGUGGUUUUUUUCUUUUUCAAAUCUCCCAGUGGCAAUGCCAAUCAGAAAAACAUUAAAGAAAAAUGAAGACCAUA